CCAUCUUGGAAUCACACCAGUGUUCCUGGCGUUGUGUGUGUAUGAGUGUGAGUACUUCACUCAUUGAAAGACAACGAGUCGAUUUUAGGAAGAAAUAACGCGUUUUUUGUGUCUUUACUAACCAACACUCGGUAGGAAAACCGUUCUAUUUUGCUCCCCGCGCGGUGAAGCAAACUCCGGGAUUAUCAAAAGUACAGUUAUGGCGACCGCAACUCCAAGCCGUGAAGCUGGCCGGCCGGCGGCCUCGACACCUCUCUCCCCGACCCGGAUCUCCCGCAUGCAGGAGAAGCAGGACCUGCAGCACCUGAACGACCGGCUGGCUGUGUACAUCGACCGUGUCCGGUCCUUGGAGGUGGAGAACGACCGGCUUAUGGUCAAAGUGUCCGAGAAGGAGGAGGUGACCACCAGAGAGGUUUCAGGCCUGAAAGCUCUGUACGAGGCAGAGUUGGCCGAUGCUCGCAGAGUUCUGGAUGAAACGGCUAAAGAGAGAGCCAGGCUCCAGAUAGACCUUGGCAAGUUUCAGUCUGAGUUGGAAGAAGCGACACGCAAUGGCAAGAAGAAGGAUGGUGAUCUUGCAGCAGCUCUGUCUCGGGCCAGUGGUUUGGAAGCCCAGCUGAACAAGAGUGAAGCGUCUCUUUCUACUGCUCUGAGCCAGAAUGCUGCUCUGACUGCUGACCUGGCCGAUCUCAAGGGUCAACUGGCUAAGGCAGAGGACAGCCAUGCUGUUGCCAAGCGCCAGCUGGAGGCCGAGACACUGAUGCGUGUCGACCUGGAGAACCGCUGUCAGUCACUGAGUGAAGAGCUGGAGUUCAGGAAGAGCAUGUUUGAAGAGGAGGUGCGUGAGUCUCGGCGUUUUCAGGAGCAGAGAAUUGUGGAAGUCGACUCUGGAGUCCGACAGGACUACGAGUUCAAACUGGCCCAGGCCCUGCAGGAUCUAAGGAAACAACAUGAUGAGCAAGUUUCUCUUUAUAAAGGAGAACUGGAGCACACCUUCCAGUCCAAGUUGGAUAAUGCCAAGGUUUCCUCAGUCUUGAAUGACAAAGCGUUGAGCUCAGCCAGGGAGGAGGUGCAGGAGUCCCGCAUGAGAAUAGAGAGCCUGGGAUAUCAGCUGAGUGCCCUGCAGAAACAGGCGUCCGCUUCAGAGGAGCGGAUCAGAGAGCUGGAGGACUUGCUGUCUGCAGCUCGAGACAAGCACCGCUACGCCAUGGAGGCGAAGGAGCAGGAGAUGAGUGACCUGAGAGAAAGGAUGAACGCUCAGCUCAGCGAAUACCAGGAGCUGCUGGAUGUGAAGCUCGCCUUGGACAUGGAGAUCAACGCAUACAGAAAGCUGCUGGAGGGAGAGGAGCACAGACUGAAGUUGUCCCCCAGCCCGUCCGGCAAAGUCACCGUCUCCAGGUUAACAGGCUCCUCCUCCUCCCGUUCCACCAAGAGGAAGCGAGUGGAAACCACUAAGGACAUGCUGUCGGAGGAUUCCACAGCCAGCGGUGCAAUCACCAUUUCACCCACUGACAUGGACGGAAAUGCAGUCACGCUGAACAAUGAUACUGAGCAGGACCAGCCUUUGGGCAACUGGAGGUUGAAGAGACAAGUUGAUGACGGGGACGAGAUCAUCUACAAGUUCUCUCCCAAGUUUGUCCUCAAGGCUGGACAGACGGUCACGGUGUGGUCUGCUGAUGCUGGCGUGGCCCACAGUCCACCCACUGACCUGCUGUGGAAGAGCCAGGCUUCCUGGGGCACAGGAAAUGACAUGGUCACUUCUUUGGUCAACGCUGAUGGCGAGGAGGUGGCCAGGAGGAGCGUAACCAAGACUCUGGUGGAGGUGGAGAAUGGAGAGGAAGAGGAGGAAGUGGAACAAACGGGCAAAGGCUCCUCCAGAGAGUGCUCCAUCAUGUGAGUUCUUUGUGCUGCGUUGAUGGCUUUGACGUCACUACAUCACACGUGUUCCUGCCCAUUGCCUCAUCAAUUUUUUUUUAGUGGUUUUUUUUUCCAAGACAAUGUAAGAACUUCUGGACUAACAGCCUCUCUCUUUUUACCGCUCUCUACAUUUCUGGUCCUUUAAUUACUCGUCUUUUCCUUUGACAUAACUAAGAAAUAUCUUCAUGCUGCUGAUGAUGCGUCCCAUUUUGUCAGACAGCAGGUGUUACUCAUGAUUAUUCCCACUCCUGCUCAUAAUACUCUACAUGUGUGAUGAAGAGGACCUCUGUUGCCAUAAAGAUAAAAAAAAAAAAACACGGCUAGUUCCAUGUGUGAUGAGCAGCUGUUUGGAGAACGGCAUUCUUUUAAAAGCUCAAAAUCAAGACAUUUAUCUGUGUAGUUACACAGGUGAAUCCAGCCUGUCUGCACGUUAUUCUCCUUGGUAUAUAUUUUUUUUUAAUGUAUCCUGCAAUGAAGAUGAAAAAGAAGCGCAGUAGAAUGUGGAGUUUGCUUGUGUUUGGUGAUGAAAACAAAAGGAUUUGCAGAUUCACUGCUCACUAAUUUCCAGCUGUUGGGCGUUAAAGACCACUAUAGAUAAAAUCCCAAACCUUCUCGGAAGAGGUUGACAAAGCCAAUCCUCGCUGCUCCGUCACUCUUUGCUUGCUUCUUGAUAGAAAGCUAUCAAACACGAUUGUCUCAUCUGAUCUGCCGUAAUGCGGCAGAAUCAAAGCCCGCUCUUCUCCCACAGAAAACACUACCAACAGUCGUCACACUUCUCCCUGCAGUUAAUACAACGAUAUACUCACUAGACAAAUUUUGUAGUUCCACGUAUUUUCUAUGGCUUAACCUGCACAAAAACACAGCUGUCAGCUACAACACGAAACCCAGUUUUUGAUGUUUCAAUGCUGUAGCUGGUCUCUGUUGUCUUUGUGUUCUACUUUUUUACCUCAGUGAUUCUUGAGGGCAGCACAGUGAGAAUCAUGCCUGAGCCAGUGUUUCCCUGACUAUCUAUAUGAGGGACCUACAGAAUAUCAUUUUAAAUUGGAAAAUGGUCAUCAUUUCCAAGCUUUUUUCUUCAUUUUAUGUAUGUUUAAAAACAUACACGCACACAAAUUUUAACUUUAAAGUUGGGGGGGAAAUUCUGCAAACCUGUUUUUGGGAAUCACUGGUCUGUGCUGCCCUGGGCUGACCUACUACUCCGUAAACUCAUACAUGCACACAUGGAACGUUAAUAAACUCCUCACCAGAGAAUGGCAACAGUGACCUGUGCUUAAAGCUCAACAGGUAUCAGGGUUUUUCUUUUCUUUUCGUUACUUUUUCUUAUGUUAAAACAAGUGUCUUACCACAAACACUCCAUUUCGGUCUCCUGUCUGACCUCUUUGAUGACUGAGUGUUAGCCUUGAGAAUGAGUGGCUCUCACUUGUGCGAAACUGGGCUGAAGUUACUAGGAAUUAGCUGAUACGACACCUUUCGUGUCUGGAUUGGUUCAAUACUGGUCAAACUCACUGGACCAAGUCCGAUAUGAUCCAAAAAAAAAUCUUGCAGAGACUGUAGCAACAGCAUUUUAGCUCAGUUGUGUUGUUGGCUGUUGAUUCCUCCUUUUGUUGGAGAAGAAUAUUUGUUUAUGCAUCAGCACAAAGGUGUUUUCGUUUGAAAGGUGUAAAAUGACUUUAUCGGACUGAUAUUGGUGGAUAUCAAGUCGUCCCUAGAAGCUACAGACCACAGCAGUAUAAGGAAGUGAACGGAUAAAGCUCAAGCUUUCAUGUUACGCCACACUGGAUGAAUGAGCAACUUCGAAAAAUCCUCUUGCUUUUCAUUUCAAUCAAAAUCAAUUCAUUUGGAAGACGAUUUUAACCCAAAGCAACUUUUGCUGCCAGCACAACCACCAAUUUAUGCUUCACUGUCUUACCUAAUGACAUGUAGACUAGUGUAGCUGGGAUCAAACCUUAUGACCUUCCUGUUACAAGACAUACUGCUGAUCCACCACCGCCCCAUCAUUUAGGCAGCCAUGACAUCAGAUCAGAGCAGCCACACACACGUCUAUGAACAGAGCUCUCACCUAUUUUCUCCGCCACCAGUGGACAGCAAAUUAGAAUGUUUGUUUUAGACUCAAAUCAUUCUCGUGUUUGGUUCUUUGAAUGCUUUUUAUCGGGAACUAUUUGCAGAACCUUCCCAAAAACAAUUUCCCCUAAGUUUUUUUUUUUGAAAAGUUCCGUUUAGAGAAAUGUCUUUAUACACAAAACUACUCUAAACGCUGUAGUAUACUUGUCAGAACUGUAUGUGGCUCUCUAACGUAACCACAGAAACUGUGUUAGAGAGGUGGGACUAUGACAUCGAUGUUUUCCUAAAGUUCCCGAUUCGUCGUAUGUACGAAAAAUGCAAAGGUGGUGUACGACAAAAAUAAGCAGAAAUGAAGAAAGAUGUGUGUACUUGUGUACACUGGUGUUUAGUUGAGUGCAGUUGUAUUAAAAAAAAAUAAUAUUUAUUAUUUUGGUCAUUUUCAAACGUAAACACUAUGUUAAAUUCUUUUUUUUAAAUCUAUGAAAUUAGAGGGUGAGCUACCACACGCUGCGCACACAUCCAGUGUGGCUCAAGCCUAACGGCGCCCCCCAGAGGUGCCUCAUGUAUGGCAAGUUAAACUCAUGGCGACGCGUUCACUAGAUUAGUUUCCUCGUUGAGAUGUUGAAAAAACAAACACUGCCGUUGUGUAGGUUUAAAGGCAGCAAUGUUGUCAGGCGUUACAGACGGUGUGUGUUAAAACUGACAUAAAUAUAGCCUCCAAUCUUUUGUAAAAUCUUAAGUUUUGCACACGGUGAACAGUGGAAGCAGCACUACAGUGACUGAGGUGAUAUUUCUUUCUCGCGCUGUUAUUUAGAGUUGUACAAGUGUUGCUCUCGCACCUUGUGUGCCAUCUUGGGAAAUUCACUUUUCUUUUUUAUAAUAAUUAUAAUGUGUGCGUUUGUUUGCCGUGCUUUACACUGCUAGAUAUUUUUUUCCCUCCCCUGUAGUUUUAUUAUCUAUGUAAUCAGUUUAUUUACAUGAAAAAUUCAUUAUUUUUUUCUAUGUAGGAUUUUCUGUGGGUGGGAUUAAGAGGCCGGGCGUUUUUACGAGAUGAACUGACCCCAGGGUGUUUUUCAGGAUUUUUGAUAAAAGCCAGUCGUGAACACUUCUCCUGUAAUGUGAGUUUAAAGUCUUCACUGGGAAACAGUGACUUCCUGUUUCAUAACUGACUCAUGACCAAGUGACAAUGUGAGAUUAACUGUGACUUUGAAGAUAAUCUGAUCCAUUGCUCUACGAAUCCCAGAUUGUACGCUUUUGUGAUAUGGUCUUUUUUUUCCCUCUCUCUAUGGCUGAUACUGAUUUUCUUAGAAUAUCAGGGCUGAUAAUUGAUGCCUAAAAAUAUAAUUGUUUAAUGAUGAAAUUAUACAAAAAUCAGUCGUCAAACGUCACUAAUAUUCUGUAUCUCCAAAUAGACAUUUUAUGUCCGCGUUGUAGUGCAAUUAUAUACAGUAUUCUCAUUACAUAUUCGUAUACGUAUAAAUUCAUUAUUGAAAUACAUGAAACAGGUACUCAAAAAAAUGGGGGGAAAAAAAACGUUUUUAGCAACAUUUAUCUAGUUUCUACAAACAGAAAUGUGUCGUUUGUAAUAAUCGGCCAAUACCGGUUAUAAAAACAUUGCCAAUGUCGGCCUCAUAAAUCGCCACGACAAAUUAUAAUCUGUCUACCUCUGGUUUUAAACAUAUGCUUGUAAUCCAAUGUGUAAUUCAGUCCCUCCAGGUUCAUCAAAAUCCAACAAAUGUCUAAUAUUUUAAUUAUUAACCAAUCGAUACUGGGGGUAAAAAAAAGACCUAAUCAGUUUAAUGUGGACCUUUCUUUUCUUUUCUUUACAAGCCAAAGUUAACUAAUUUUGAAUGUCAACAACGACCUUGUUGUAGUUGUAUUUUCGUGUUCUUUGACUCUAAAGCACAUCGGAUUUUCAAAUGUGACAAAUGUUCAGAUCCUGGAGGGACUGUGUGUGUGUGUGUGUGUGUUUGUGUGUGUGUGAGAGAGAAAAUGUACAAACCAGGGUUUUUAAUCAGGAAAGCAUAGGCCUGGUCAUCAUCAUCAUCAUCAUCAUAUAGGGGAGGGCUGAGUGGGUGUGGGGAGGGUGGGGGGCGCCGAGCAUGCUACAUGUUUUUGUUUUUUUUUGUUUUUCAUUCAUGAUUAACUGUUGAACUACUUUUUGUACACACAAACAAUAAAUGUUUUACAUGAA